ACAUGCCUGGCAUGGUGAAAGGGGACUGCUGGCUUAUAGAAGGGGAUAAAGGCUACGUUUGGCUGGCUAUCUGCAGUCAGAACCAGCCUCCAUACGAGACCAUCCCCCAGCACAUCAACAGCACGGUUCAUGACCUGAGGCUGAACGAGAACAAACUUAAGGCUGUGCUCUUUACCUCCAUGUACCGCUUCACGAACCUUACUGACCUCAAUCUCACCAAGAACGAGAUCAGCUACAUCGAGGAUGGGGCCUUUGCUGGACAGGCCAACCUGCAGGUUCUCCAGCUGGGAUACAACAAGAUGACCAACCUGACGGAGGGCAUGUUGAGAGGUCUGGGUCGAAUACAAUGCCUCUUCUUGCAACACAACCUUAUUGAGGUCAUUGCCAGCAAUGCCUUCUGGGAGUGCCCCAGCCUGAGCAGCCUGGACUUAUCUUCCAAUAAGUUGGCCCGUCUUGACCCAUCUACAUUCACUGUGCUCAACAGGCUGCAGGUGUGUGAACUAGCAGGAAACCCGUUCCACUGUGGCUGUGAGCUCUACAGCUUUCUCACCUGGCUGGAGGCUUUUAACAAUGUCACCCACACCUACGACCGACUCCAGUGCGAAACCCCUCUUGAAAUGACUGGUUAUCCACUUCUGAGCCCGCUGCCCGGACACGGAAGAAAUGCCCGUUUCACUCUUUUAUCCAUGUGUCGUGAUGGUGUGAUAAUUCCAGGGAUGACUUCCCAGACACCAGAUCAAGAUGGCUCCGGCAUGGGUUUCGACAACCCAGACCAAGGUCUGUACCACCAACCAACCCUAUCGUCCACUGCUGACCCCACCAAUAACCAUCAGAUUUCCAUGAAGCUUCAAACUGUCUCCCUCUACAGCGCUUCUCUAUUGGUGCAGAUCCCACGACCAUACAGUAAGAUGUACAUCCUCUCCCAGUACAACCACACUUUUGUUGCAGACAUCAAGCCCCUAAAAAGCAAAAAGGAGGUACUGACUUUGGAUAAACUAAAACCACACACAAACUACACUUAUUGUGUGGCUUCUGCAAGCAAAUCCCAGCGUUACAACCACACCUGUCUGUUCUUUACCACUCGAGCUAUCGGAUCAGAGGACCCACAAGCCAAUCCAUCCACAACUACCCACUACAUCAUGACCAUCUUGGGAUGUCUGUUUGGCAUGGUCAUUGUGCUUGGAUUGGUCUAUUACUGUCUCAGACGGCGACGCAUCCAAGAAGAGAAGAAGAAAGCUAUAAGCGUGAAGAAAACUAUUUUGGAGAUGAGGUAUGGCCCAGAGGCGGCUGCGGCAGUGGCCAAUGACCCAGGUGCCAUGCAGCGUCUCCAGGAGCAAGCUCACCACCAGCACCACCAUUCAGGAGGAGCUGGAGGCAAGCUGCCUCCGUCUGCCUCCUCUAGCACAGGCAUGCUCCACGGCUCAGCCAACACCAGUUCCUCACGCCUCUCCAGCUUGCCGCAGGUGGAAAAAAUGGCAACUGCCUUCUCUGAGGCAAUGGGUGGAAAAAGCAACUACAUGGAUUUGAGGACAGCGGGAGUGGCAGGGGAAGGCAGGGAGGGAGGGGUAGGAGCUGGAGGACCAGUGAUAGGAGGGGAAGUAGUCGUGGAUAUGCGAGGUGGGGCUGAGAAUGGGACAGAGGCUGGGGAGGAUUCGGAUGAUGAUGGCCAUGGCUCAGCAUCAGAGAUCUCCACCAUCGCCAAGGAGGUGGACAAGGUAAAUCAAAUCAUCAACAACUGCAUUGAUGCCCUGAAGCUGGAUGCCUCUGCUAAUGUUGUAACCACGGCUGACAAUGGCAACUCUGUGUCCUCCUCCCAGCCACUAACUUGCAUCACGUCCCUCCCCCGCAACCUCCUGCCCCUCUCUCCAGGCCACCUUGGAGAUCAGAUCAUGGCCUCCUCUCCAAAGCUACAUCAGCCGCCUCACCCGCCAUCUAUGGCCCCAGUGCCCCUUGUAAUGCCCCUGUCUGAGCGGCCGGGCAUCAGCGGUGGAGGGUUCCUCUCCCCUCCUUACCGUGACCCACCUCCAGCCAAUGCAGUGCGGCCCCUUCAGAGGCAGUUGAGCGCUGACACUACUGUGGUGAAGAACCGUUGUGGUGCCACUGCUGCGGGAUCUGUCAAGAGCAACAGGGUGUACAAUGUGGAGAUCCCUGAGCAGCGCAGCGAUCCUCCCAAGUACCCAACAGAAAAAGGAAGCCCUGUGGGUUGUGGUGGAGGGGGUGGAAGUGGAGGAGGUGGUGGAAUAGGGGGCUGCAAUGGGAAUGGGAUGGGAAACAUAAAUGGUGGUGGGGUGAGUGUGAAUGGGGGCGGGAUGGGGUGUAAUAAUGGGAGUGGAGGUGGGGGUGCGGUGGUUGGCCCUGGACAGCAGCAGCAGCAGCACCAGCAGCAGCACCACUUGGAAGUUCUACCAGACUACCACAGCUCCGAGCAUCGCCACUCCUUUCCUGCACUCUACUACGAGGGUGGCAACGACUCACCCUCACCAGCCCAAAAGGCCUCAUUCCUCAAGCCACUGGGCCGCACCAAGAGAGAUGCCACAGCCACCUACUCCCAGCUCUCACCUUCUCGUCACCAAAACUACAACUCUGGCUACUCCUCCAGUCCAGAGUAUUCGUCUGAGAGCACACUGCGGAUCUGGGAGCGUUUCCGGCCUUACAAGAAAAGCCCCAGAGAGGAAGCAUCCUAUAUAGCUGCAGGUCACGCCCUGCGUAAGAAGGUGCAGUUUGCCAAGGACGAGGACCUUCACGAUAUUUUGGACUAUUGGAAGGGGGUUUCUGCCCAGCAGAAGCUGUGAGCCAAUGAAGCUGACAUGUUGUAUGGGAGAUUGUGAGGUUGGAUGCCAACAGCAGACUAUAAAGGGGAAUUGAUGUUAAUGUAGCAAAACGGAUGAUGAAGAUGUUCCUCUGAUCCUCUGUGGUGUCCAGUGACAUGGUUCAUUCCUCUGCUGGAUCAAGAGUUAAAGAGGUAUUCUCACUGGGUGAUUAAAAAAAAUGAUUUUAUGAUAAUCCAUUGACAUUUUAAGAGGUUGUUUCUGAGGUUGGCUAUUUUCACCACAAUACUUAUUGAUAAUUGACAAGACUCAAGCUGUUCACCACACUACCUCUUACUGGGCACUUUGGUCCUCGCAGGCUUCCAUAGCCCGCUGAAUCCCCACUAAUGAGAAAAGAAAAGGUGGUAACAAGCAAAUGUCUUCUACCUCAUUACUCUUACCCUGUAGCUCAGCUAUCUCACCAGAAGCAGCCCCUUUCAUGACUUAAACCCCCUCCUCUACCCUGUUUCUAAUCCCAUCAAACCGUCAUUCACAAAACAAUCCUUCCACUGCACUGCCAACACCUGCUCUCCUAUAGAAGCAUCAUUUAAGGAGAUAAUGAGGGAGGGAGCAGGAUGAGGAAUUAGGUGCGUUUGUUUUAGAGUAGCCUGAAUCUCUCUCUUUGGGGGAGGACAUUAAGUGAUACUUAUCGGGCUAAUUGUUCUUCCUGGCAAUUAGCCAGUAUAAGAAUAGGUCGGGGAGGCUGUGUGUUGAGCAUGCUUAUCGAUUUGAAAAACCUAACUACAUAUG